GUCUCCUCCCACUUCCUCUGGGGCUUUAUAAAGCAAACCAGCAGUCUGAGGAUUGUUUUUGUCCCACAGAAAAUCUGGAACAAUGUGGACGGCUGUGAGCAAUUUAGAUGCAUGUACCGUAAGCCUUGCUUUGCUUCUAGGCUUGAUCUCUUUAGUUCUGUAUGAAAUAUUUCGGAUUAAUUUCUCCAGAACCCAAAAUCCACCCGGGCCAACACCUCUGCCUUUUGUGGGAAACUUACCAAGUGUUUGGAAGAAUCCAAUGGAGUUCAUUAAAAUGAUGCCCAAGUAUGGAGAGAUGAGCACUGUGUUUAUAGGAAGGAAGCCAGCAAUAAUGUUGAAUACAAUCCAGAUCACCAAGGAAGCCCUGGUCCAGAAUGCUUUGUCUUUUUCUGGAAGACCACAUGUGCCGAUUCUAGAUUGGGUAACUGAUGGAUAUGGUAUAGUGAUGGCACAGUUUGGUCACUCCUGGAGACAGCAGAGAAGAUUUGCUCUCCACACACUCAGGAAUUUCGGCUUGGGGAAGAAAACUAUGGAGGAGCGUGUGUUAGAAGAAGGACAAUGCCUGAUUGCUGAAAUGUGCAAAGCAAAAGGAGCUGCAUUUGACCCCCAACAUAUGAUACAAAAUGCCGUUUCCAACAUGAUUUGUUCCAUCGUGUUUGGAGAUCGCUUUGAAUACAAUAACAAAAACUUUGCAUACCUUCUAAAAAUCCUCAACGAAAACAUCAUGCUUGCAGGGUCCCUCACUGGACAGAUUUUUAACUUGGUUCCCUUCAUCAAGCACUUCCCCGGGCCUCACCAGAAAAUAUACCAGAAUGCUGAUAAAUUAAAAGGUUUUAUUAGGAAAGCUGUUGAAGAACACAGAAAAACUCUAGACCCGGACAACCCACGAGACUAUAUCGAUGCCUACCUGCUGGAGAUGGAGAAACAAAAGUCAGCCGAGGACUCCACGUUUCAUGAGAAGAAUAUGGUUAUGAGUGUGUGUGAUCUCUUCUUGGCUGGAACCGACACAACGGCGACCACUAUCAGAUGGGGUCUUAUCUAUCUGAGUCAACACCCCGAUGUACAAGAGCGAUGUCAUGAUGAGAUUGUUCAGGUGUUGGGUUAUGAUCGUCUGCCCAGCAUGGAUGACCGUGACAAACUUCCAUACACACACGCCACUGUUCAUGAGAUUCAGCGCUGUGCUAACAUUACACCGCUUGGUGGAGUUCACGAAACCACUCAGCCCUCAAAACUACGAGGAUACGACAUUCCCAAGGGAACUCGGAUAAUGGCAAACUUGGCAGCAAUUUUAAGUGAUAAAGAUCACUGGAAACAUCCAGACACUUUUAAUCCAGAGAAUUUCUUAGAUGAUAAUAAAUGUUUCUGCAAACCAGAGUCUUUUCUGCCUUUCUCCUUGGGUCCAAGGGUUUGUCCUGGUGAGACCUUAGCAAAGACCGAGCUCUUCCUCUUUAUCACUUGCCUUCUACAAAAGCUUCGUUUCUCAUGGCCACCAGGUGCAGAGAGCCCAGAAAUGGAUGGGAUUUUUGGUAUGGUUCGCUCACCGCAGCCGUUCAACAUCAUCUGCUGUAGCAGAGGAGCCAAUGAGUGAGCAACUACACUAUAAUGAAUAAAAAACAUCUUAAGAAAGGCUCCUAAAGUUCUCCUGGAUGUUUUGAGAUGGAAGAGAUUUGAGUAAUGUUGUUAUACGUUGUUUAAGAACUUCUUUAUAAUAACAUUAGACUAGUUAAGAUUACAUUUUGCAUUUAGCAGAUGUUUUUAUCCAAAGCGAUUUGCAGUUUAUUACAAUGUAUAUAUUUUAUCAAUGUGCCAUUGAACUAUAUAAGAUCUCAGAGAUGGAUAAAAAGUGUUAGCAGAUAUUUCAACUAUUUGUUGAACUGUACAUUUUAUUUAGUUGUCAUUGCCAUCCUGUAAUAUCACUGUGAAGUAUUUUUCUCUCAUGAUGUAAUCUCAGGUUAAAGUACCUCAAACAAGCCUGUACGGGGCAACAUUAGUACUGUAAUGGUUUUGAAACAAACUAAUGGGUGGAUGGGUUGUAAGCACGUGUAAAACUGACUGAUGCUGAUGUCAUACUAUUAUGCACAUUAUUAUAAAGUCAGAAAAUGUACACGCACACUAUUAACCAUUUUACUGUAAUGCAGAUCUUUUUUUAUUGUUUUUUAACGUAUACUGAGACCUAUAUUAAUUAUGUAAAUAUUUUAAAUUAUGUUAAUAUAUUAAAUACCUUUGAGUGAAUAUACAGUAUUUGAACCUCAUGAAUCUCAUUUCAUACCAAAAUAGAAUGAAUGUGUUUAUAGAUUUUGUCAUUUUUUUGCAUUCACAAUUUUGUCAUGACAGAUCAGUGCUGGCCUACACAUUGAUUUUUGGGGUCUUACACAUGAUAUUCACCCAUUUGAACAGCACAUGUACUUUCAUUGAUUAUAAAAGCAUCUGGGUUCAUAAAUUACAAUCUGCAUGUAGAGUCCCAUAACCCAGCAGUAAAAUUACUCAGGAAAAACUUGUAUUUUUAAAUAUAUAUAUGCUUUUUUUAUAAGUAAUUAUUAAAACACUAUGAUGUUUAAUAAAUAUGAUACCCGAGUUGCCAAGUAUUCUUUCUAUAUUUCGCUAAAAACCAGCUUUA